UUUACACCGAAUCGGAAUAAAUAAAUCUUUAACAAGGUUAAACGCACUUAUCUUUAUCACUGAACCAUUGGACCUUUAAUUAAACCGAAUCACAACUCGCUGCUUUUUACCACCAUGCGAAAUCUGAGCUUGAUAACUUUUUUGGUAGUUGCCUCCCAAAUUUCGGCGAGUUGUCGGAAUUACAAUGAUGUAACUAACGUAACUAUAUGUGUAUUUAUAACUCCUAAACAUGGACCACAUCUUGAUGUUAACCAACCCAACUUAUGUAUCCUUCAUGGAAAUAUGUCAGUGGUGCAAGCAAACUUUUUCAGUAGAUUGACACAUCUGGAAGGUCUUUAUUUCAACACUUCUGAAGUACGGGAAAUUAAGAAAGGGGCUUUCUCCAGUUUGACUCACUUAAAAGUGUUGGGUUUAAUGGGUAACAAAAUUUCAAACAUCAAAGAGGAGGCUUUUUCUAAUUGUAGCAAUUUGAACACUCUUGAUAUAUCUGCUAAUUAUAUCGAAUUUGUAAAUAAUAUUAACUGGAAAGGUUUAAACAGUUUAAGUAAUUUAUAUUUGCGACAUAAUCUUAUUAGAACUAUUUCACCUAGCGAGUUAGAAAACUUAAAACAAUUGAGAUUACUUGAUUUAUCCUUGAAUUAUUUAGAACAUUUAAAUAGUUCGAGUUUUUAUGUCUUAAGCAAUUUACAUAUUUUAAAUUUAUCAUCUAAUCGGAUUAACACUAUUGAAGAUAACGCUUUUAAUGGACUAGUGAAUCUUGAGGAACUUCAUUUAGAAGGCAAUCACCUCACAAAAACUGAAUCUGUAUUUCUUACUGAAACUUUACCUAAACUCAAACAAGUUUAUUUAAGAAAAAACAAUUUCAGUUGUGAGACAGUUAGAAGCGAAAUGAAUUUAACUUACUCAAUUUUAUGUGAUUAAAUUGCUGUACAUUGUUAUGAUAUACGUGUUAUAUAUAAUUCAAAUUAUUCUUUAGGGAUUCUAAUAAUUUGUAAUUUGUAUCUGAAAAAAUGUUUAAUAAAUUUGCUCAAAGCUCAA